AUGGGGGUGAAGACCAAGAAAGGAGGAGAUUCGAUCAUCUCCUUCAAGAAGACGAAAACGGCACUUUUUCUCGACUUGACAUUUGACAAAGUUUACAAGGAACUGGACUCAUUUUAUGAAGAGCUCAUCGAUGAACAUAAGAAGUCUAAUAGGCCGAAUUCAAUGGACGGUGACAUAGUCGAUCUCAUGCUUCAAUUGCGAGAAAUCAACUCAGCUUCGAUUUCUUCAUUCCAAAUCACUAUGGACCACGUCAAAGCCAUGCUUAUGGAUGUAUUUUUUGCGGGAACGAGUACUUCAUCGGCCACAAUUGUUUGGGUUAUGACUGUACUAAUGAAGAACCGUACUAUAAUGCAAAAAGUGCAAGCUGAGAUCAGAGACAUAGCUGGAAAACAAAGCAAAAGAACAGUUGAUGAAGAUGAUGUCGAAAAUCUCCCUUAUCUCAAUCCUGCUCCUCUUUUACUCCCAAGAAACACAAUGGAAAAUUGCAUCUUAGAUGGUUACGAAAUUCGUUCCAACACAACUGUUUACGUGAAUGCUUGGGCGAUUGCAAGAGAUCCCGAGUAUUGGGAAAAUCCAGAUGAAUUUUUGCCCGAGCGAUUUCUGGACGGACGUAAAAAUAACACAAAUUAUAAAGAGGGACAAGAUUUUAAAUUCAUCCCGUUUGGAGGUGGACGAAGAGGCUGCCCUGGCUAUUCUAUGGGUUUAAAUGCAGUGGAGUUGGCAUUAGCUAAUCUCCUGAACUCAAUUGAUUGGGAACUGCCGUUGGGAAUGAAGAAAGAAGAUUUGCAGCUGGUGGUAAAACUAGUGCGUGGAGAUAUAUAUACAUGA